CUGGUGGUGCUCAGCUGCACACGGCAGCGCGUGAGUGAGUGUGAGUCCAUCCUCCGGUUGAACUUUUUCCUCCAAAUGCAGUAAUCUGACACCGACACUAACCCCAAAAAGCAGAGGAUGGAUUCCCAACUUCAUUCGCAAUAAUAGCUCAGCCAGAGCAGACGAGAAAACACGACCGAGCGGGGGGCGAACAUCUGAACGCGCGUGCAGCAGUCUGUGAAGUGACUUUAGCUUUUGUUUAAAUGUUGACUAAAAAGUUUUUAUCUAAAGAGGCGGAUGGGUGACGACCAUUCUCGGCGCUUCCAUGUGAGGAGACGAUGAAGAAUUACAGCAGCAGUCCCCGUCUAAACAACCACAGCGCGAGUCACAGCACGGGUCACAGCGCGGGUCGGAACAGCAGGAACAGAUUCUGGUUGUCGGCUCUCGGGUUUCGCUUCUCUCUGCGCGAUUAUGGUUUCUGCAUGGCCACACUGCUGCUCUUCUGUCUCGGCUCACUGUUUUACCAGCUGAACGGAGGACCCCCUAAAGUUCUGCUGGAGAUCAGGCAGUAUCUCGGAGAAUCCACUUUUGUUGACGACCACGGGCCUCCUACACCAAGGGAGCUGCCAUUCCCAAGUCAGGUGAUCUACAACAGGGUUGGCAAGUGUGGAAGCCGAACGGUCGUCCUGCUGCUGAGGAUUCUGGCAGAUAAGCACCAGUUUAACCUGGUUUCCUCUGACAUCCAUAACAAAACCAGACUCACAAAGCAUGAGCAGGUGGAUUUGAUGAGAAAUAUUAGCACUAUUCCGCAGCCUUUUCUGUACACCAGACAUGUUCACUUUCUCAAUUUCACAAGAUUUAGGAUAGAACAGCCUGUCUACAUAAACAUCAUCAGGGAUCCCAUUAACCGUUUCCUCUCCAAUUACUUUUUCCGUCGUUUUGGGGACUGGAGAGGAGAGCAGAAUCACUUGAUCCGCACACCCCAGAUGAAAGAUGACGAGCGAUAUCUGGACAUUAAUGUUUGCAUCAUGGAGAACUACCCAGAGUGCUCUAACCCACGUCUCUUCUACAUCGUUCCAUACUUUUGUGGGCAACACCCUCAGUGCAGGGAGCCAGGUGUUUGGGCUGUAGAGAGGGCCAAACAAAACGUUAUAGAGAACUUCCUACUUGUGGGAAUUCUGGAAGAGUUGGAGGACGUGUUGCUCCUUCUGGAGAGACUCCUACCUCACUACUUCAGUGAUGUCCUAAACAUCUACAAGAGUCCAGAAUUUUGGAAGAUGGGGAACCUUACAGGCACAGUGAAGAAGCACAUGCCCACUCUAGAAGCCCUGCAGGUGCUUUACCAAAGGAUGAAGUAUGAGUAUGACUUUUACAACUUCAUUCGUGACCAGUUCCAUCUCACCAAGAAGAAGAUCGGCCUCAAAUCCACCUCCCAGAACUCUGCUCAUGAGCCUGACUUUCUCCGUGAGCUUGCCCUCAGGACCCAUGAGCCUUUGGAGGAGGAGGAAGAAGAGGAGGAAGAAGAGGAGGACGUGGGGCAAGAAGAUGCCAACAUCUGGUUUGUUCAGCCCUGAGUAGUAGGCAUGGCAGAUAUCUCAUAAGCUUGAUGUCUAUGUCCAGUCAGGAGGUAGAGUCAAAGUCCCAGGUUAAAAUUGGGUGUGUAACCCCUGUUUUUAACGGGAUGGCCCUUCAAGACACUCUCAAGAAGAGAAGGGGGUCACAGAAACGUCUGAAGAAUUAU